CCCGCCGCCGGUGUUUACAAACAGGCAAUGGCGAGACACGAAGGCCUUCCCGACAGGUCCUCGAGCCGAUUCUUGGACAUUUCUCGGCCGGGAAGACCCUCGUCGCCCCCACACAAGGACAUGGAGUUCCUGAGGGCGCUGAAGAAGGACGUGGUGGUGGCGAGGGAGCAGUGUUACCUCCGGGGACUCCUGCAGACGACCAAGUGGUUGAGUGAGCUCCUUUACUGUGUCCGCGAUGUGAAGUUGGAUGAGGCCAUCCCCUCAUCAUACUCCUACUAUGAUCAGUUAGGAGACGAGCUAGACCACUAUCAUCUGGCAAAGUCUUAUUUUGAUCUGAAAGAAUAUGACAGAUGUGCCUACUUUACCGAAGACUGUACAACAGAUUUGGGGAAGUUCCUGCACUUAUAUUCGCAGUACCUUUCCGGAGAGAAGAAAAAGAACGAGGACAUUGUCGACCCAUUGGUCACCAACGACCAGCACAAAGGAGCAUACCUGAAGGACCUACACACAGAACUCUCAAAGAUGUACAACCAGCACACAUCUGCACCAGAAUCUAGCGAGGGUGAGAUGGAUGCCUGGUUGCUGUGGUUGUAUGGGGUAGUCCUCAAGCGCCUGGACCUCACAAGACAAGCAGUGGAGGUCUUGUGCCAGGCACUCCACCUCGAGCCCUUGCAUUGGGGUGCGUGGCUGGAGCUGGCUGCCCUUAUCACCGACAGAGAAAUGUUGAGCACUCUGAAACUCCCAGACCACUGGAUGCGCAAGUUAUUCCUUGCACACACGUACCUAGAGCUGCAACUGAAUGAUGAGGCUCUGGAGAUCUACACCGGCCUGCAAGAAGCUGGUCUCUCCCACUCCACAUAUAUCAUGGCUCAGGUAGCCAUCACGCACCACAAUCAGAGAGAGGUCGACCAAGCUGUGGCGAUCUUCAACGAGCUAGAGUCCCUCGACCCAUUCCGUCUGAACAACCUAGACACAUACUCGAACUUGCUUUAUGUCAAAGAAAUGCGGGUGGAGCUGUCACACUUGGCACACAGAGUAGUGCAGGUGGAUAAGUACCGGGUGGAAACAUGUUGCGUCAUAGGCAACUACUACAGUUUACGCUCACAGCACGAGAAGGCCGUACAGUAUUUCCAGAGAGCACUUCGCCUUAACCCUCACUACCUAGCUGCCUGGACACUCAUGGGGCACGAAUACAUGGAGAUGAAGAACACAAGCGCAGCAAUCCAGUGCUAUCGACAGGCUAUAGAUGUUAACAGAAGAGACUACAGAGCAUGGUAUGGCCUUGGUCAGACCUAUGAAAUCCUUAAACUUCCUGCCUACUGCCUCUACUAUUUCAAACAGGCCCAGAAACUACGCCCCAACGACUCAAGGAUGCUCGUCGCCCUCGGGGAGAGCUAUGAGAAGCUGGAGAAGACGGAGGAGGCCAAGAAGUGCUUCCUAAAGGCCCACAGUGUAGGAGACAUUGAGGGCAUUGCGUUGAUGCGGCUGGCGAAGCUGUACAGUCGCCUAGGGGAGGGAGAGCAAGCGGCUGUCCUCUAUGAGCGUUACCUGCAAGAGACGGAGGAUGCAGACCGGUGCGAGGACAGAGGCCAGGUGUACCAAUUCCUGACGAGUCAUUACCUGCAGAAGAACAUGCUUGACCUUGCCUAUGACUAUGCCCAGAAGUGCACUCUGUUUAUGGAGACACGAGAAAGUGGGAAGACCAUGCUGAGGGAAAUUGCCAACAGAAGACAACACAUAGAACAGAAUACACAGGACGACUGUGGGAGUGUGCUUGUGAGCCGAGUGAGGCCGAGAGUCAGUCACGGGGGAGAUCGCUCAGCAGCCACCAGAUUGCCGCCGCUCAACCUCACCUACACGCCAUUGAUGCAAACAAAAGCAAGCAAGAAGGCAACAAAAUGUCCCUUCGUUGUAUUUUUCCGACUUUCCCUCUUUCAUCCAUCAAUCACUCUUUCAUCGUGGUUUCGUCAUUUCAUUGAUACCAGUGUGUAUUUGGUUGGCAAGGUAAAAGUUUCAUGCUUACUAAAUUGAACUCUUUAUGUGUAUUAAAUACAUAUUAUAAUUAUAAUGAUUAUUAUUAUUUUCUUUUUAUCCCAGCUUUUGGGAGGUUAAUAUAGUUCUUCUCUUCUACAUUGAUUAUUGGUUUUGUAAUAAGGAAGUAAAUGAGAAUAGUUGCAAGUUUGAUAAUAGUUAAGAUUUACAUGAAUGUUGUUAUAAAUAUGACGUUGUUUGUAUGAUUGCAUAAACCUGUUUUGUUUAUUUUUUAAACUUUAAUCUUUUUUUAUUUAUCUUGUCAUAACCUUACAUUUGUCUAUUAUUAUUGCAAUAGUUAACUUUACAUAGCCUCUAUUGCAGUAUAAGAUUUCAUAUAUUGUUUUUAUAAUUAAAACUGUAAUAAAAGAUGAACAAAACUAGUUUCUAAAAAAUCCUCGAUAAUUGUAAGGAAAAACAAGUAAAUAUAAUAUGUAGAACAAGCUCAUCAAUUAAGAAUAAUAUUUUUAUAAAAGGUACCUUCGUGACAAAGCAUAAAUAAUUCAAAACAUUUUCUUACAUGAUCAGGAAUAUAAAAAAUACCACUUUUUUUUUUUUAUCAUUAACAGUUUAUUGAGUAGCCUACCAUCAUCAUCAUCAAUUAUCAUCAUCACUAAUACAGAUCACUCUGGACUCGAGAUACAGGAUUUAUAUCAUCACAGCUUAUUAACUACACUAAGUCAUUUGUGGGCUGUUCUACAACCUGGAUGAGUUUGUCACACGUCAUUAAUCUUAAUGGGGGGGAAGAAGCAUUGGGGGGGGUUAUGUCUAGGAUGAUCUGCAUAUAAAUGAUAGUGAAUGGCAAAAAAAAAAAAAAAAAAUAGAUAUAA